CUGGCUGGGGCGCGAGGCGGAGGCGGCCCGGGAACCGACGCUGCGGGAACGGACCUGCAGGAACCGGAGCGCGCGAGGAGUGGAGGCCGCAGUCACGGGCGGCGGGAGCGGCGGGAGCUGGGCGGGCCGGCUCCAUGGCGCCAGCGGCGUCCGUCUGAGCAGCGCGGGUAGCGGCAGGCGGUGGCCGGAUCCGGCCGCGGUUCUUCUUCACCAUGGGGGACGUGCUGUCCACGCACCUGGACGACGCCCGGCGCCAGCACAUCGCAGAGAAAACCGGGAAGAUCCUGACGGAGUUCCUUCAUUUCUACGAGGACCAGUAUGGCGUGGCCCUCUUCAACAGCAUGCGCCACGAGAUCGAGGGCACCGGGGCGCCGCAGGCCCAGCUGCUCUGGCGCAAGGUGCCGCUGGAGGAACGCAUCAUCUUCUCGGGGAACCUCUUCCAAUACCAGGAGGACAACAAGAAGUGGAGGAACCGCUUCAGCCUCGUGCCCCACAACUAUGGGCUGGUGCUGUACGAGAACAAAGUGGCUUAUGAGCGGCAGGUCCCACCCCGAGCUGUCAUCAACAGUGCGGGCUACAAAAUCCUCACCUCUGUGGACCAGUACCUGGAGCUCGUUGGCAACUCCUUACCAGGGACCACGUCAAAAUCGGGCAACACCCCGAUCCUCAAGUGCCCCACGCAGUUCCCGCUCAUCCUCUGGCAUCCCUCUGCCCGUCACUACUACUUCUGCAUGAUGACAGAAGCCGAGCAGGACAAGUGGCAGGCUGUCCUGCAGGACUGCGUCCGGCACUGCAACAACGGGAUCCCCGAGGACUCCAAGGUGGAGGGCCCCGCGUUCACGGACGCCAUCCGCAUGUACCGCCAGUCGAAGGAGCUGUACGGCACCUGGGAGAUGCUGUGUGGGAACGAGGUGCAGAUCCUGAGCAACCUGGUCAUGGAGGAGCUGGGUCCUGAGCUGAAGGCAGAGCUUGCCCCCCGGCUGAAGGGGAAGCCGCAGGAACGGCAGCGACAGUGGAUCCAGAUCUCGGACGCCGUGUACCGCAUGGUGUACGAGCAGGCCAAGGCGCGCUUUGAGGCCGUGCUGUCCAAGCUGCAGCUGGCCCGGCCGGCCAUGGAGGCGGUCAUCCGCACCGACAUGGACCAGAUCAUCACCUCCAAGGAGCACCUGGCCAGCAAGAUCCGAGCCUCCAUCCUCCCCAAGGCGGAGGUGUGUGUCCGGAACCACGUCCAGCCCUACAUCCCGUCCAUCCUGGAGGCCCUGAUGGUGCCCACCAGCCAGGGCUUCACCGAGGUGCGGGAUGUCUUCUUCAAGGAGGUCACCGACAUGAACCUGAAUGUCAUCAACGAGGGUGGCAUCGACAAGCUGGGCGAGUACAUGGAGAAGCUGUCCCAGCUGGCGUACCACCCUCUCAAGAUGCAGAGCUGCUAUGAGAAGAUGGAGCCGCUGCGGCUCGACGGGCUACAGCAGCGUUUUGACGUGUCCAGCACGUCUGUGUUCAAGCAGCGAGCCCAGAUCCACAUGCGUGAGCAAAUGGACAACGCCGUGUACACCUUCGAGACCCUCCUGCACCAGGAGCUGGGGAAGGGGCCCACCAAGGAGGAGCUGUGCAAGUCCAUCCAGCGCAUCCUGGAGCGCGUGCUGAAGAAGUACGACUACGACAGCAGCUCCGUGCGGAAGCGCUUCUUCCGGGAGGCCCUGCUGCAGAUCACCAUCCCGUUCCUGCUCAAGAAGCUGGCGCCCACCUGCAAGUCGGAGCUGUCCCGGUUCCAGGAGCUGAUCUUCGAGGACUUUGCCAGGUUCAUCCUGGUGGAGAACACGUACGAGGAGGUGGUGCUGCAGACGGUCAUGAAAGACAUCCUGCAGGCGGUGAAGGAGGCCGCCGUGCAGAGGAAGCACAACCUGUACCGGGACAGCGUGGUCAUGCACAACAGCGACCCCAACCUGCACCUACUGGCCGAGGGCGCGCCCAUCGACUGGGGCGAGGAGUACGGUGGCAGUGGUGACAGCGGCGGGCACACCGGCAGCCCCGGCGUCCCAGAAGCAGCCCUCUCCGAAAAGCGACGGCGUGCCAAGCAGGUGGUGUCCGUGGUCCAGGACGAGGAGGCAGGGCUGCCCUUUGAGGCUGUCCCCGAGCCACUAUCACCUGCGUCGCCGGACAGUGUCACCGAGCUCCGUGACCUGCUGGCCCAGGAUCUGCAGGCUGAGAGCCCCCCGCUGGCCAGUCCCCUACUCAACGGGGCCCCCGCCCAGGAGACCCCCCAGCCGGUGGUGGCCCCUGGGGCCACCUCGCCGCCCAGCUCACCCCUCCAGCAGCUCCCGCCUGGAAAGGCUGUGGACCUUGAGGCUCCCAAGCCCAGCGACCAGGAGACCGGGGAGCAGGUGUCCAGCCCCGGCGGCCGCCCCCCCAUCCACACCACCACCGAGGACAGCGCUGGGGUGCAGACUGAGUUCUAGGCCAGUCAACCCCGAGCUUCUAUUGGACACGGCACACGGGCCACCCGCCCGAGGCACUGGCAGGCCCUUGGCCCUGGGCUGGGGUCUGUGCCUUCCGGACAGAGGAGGGGCAGGGCUGGUGUGGCACCUCUGGGGCUGGGGAGGGGCGGGCCCACCGGAGUCACUUUAUUGGGUUUGGUCGCACUUGGUUGCUCUGUUUUCGCUUCUGUGGGAUGAUCUCGGCUUUCCUCUCUGUGCUGGGGGGUGGGCACAGCUGAGGGGGCUGGUGAGUGUCCAUGGCCCUAGCCCCCUGAGUCCCCCUCCCUGUCCUUCCUCUGGGGCCGGUUUUCCUCGUGGGUCCUGCUGUCCUUGGAAAGAGGUUGGUGAGAGCAGAUCUGUCGUGGCCCCCUCCCCCUCCCCCCGGGGCUCACUGGAGCCACGAAGAGGGAGCCUUGGGGCCCCUCCCCGGCCCCGUUCCUCCCGGCUGGGCCCCAGAAGCCAGUUUCGGAGUGGACACCGGCCUUGCUGUCCCGCCCCGGGUGAGGGGAGGUGCGAGGAGGGGGGCUGCAGGGGGAGGGCUGCCUGGUGGAGGGGGAUGGGGCCAUGGCCCUGUGGAAGGGAACAGAAAGGCCUGGAAUGUGCUGGUCUGGGGAGAGGAUGUGUCUGAGGGAAGAAGGCGGCGGCCUCUGCAGGGGUGCUGCUGGGCAUGUGGGAGAGGUGGCAGAUGGAGUGUUGCUGGAAGCCGAGCCUUUGCCGACCCCCCUGCACUGCUGGGAGCCCCUCGUCCCCCGUGCUGGGGCCGAGCGGGCACGUUGCUCAGCGGCAGGGCUUGGUGGGAUGGGUUCUGUCUUCUGCAGGCCACUUGUGGGGUACGUGCUGUCCUCCGAGGGAGCCGGUGGGGCCUGCGAGGGGCAGGGGGAUGGGCACCAUGAGCAUCUGGGUCAGGCUGGAUGUGGGCCCUGCUGUCACUGAGUCUCCAAGUCCCCUGACAACUCCGGGACUCUCCAGAUGUCCUUGUGAGUCAUGUGGGGCCUGGCUGUCCCCUUCCUCAGCUUCUUGGUCCUGAGGGUGAAGGUCAAGCCAGGGCCAUUCCCAGACCCCCUCCCCUGCUGCUGGAGGGGAGGGCAGGCAGGGUGGGGGCCGACUUCUUCAGCGUGCCAUCCUCACCCCCACCCCCCCAGCCCCAGCCCUGCCUCCCCCACCUCAUCUGCUUCCUGGGCCAGGGUCUUGGACAGGACACACGGCGCUGGCUGGUGCUCAGGGACCCCUCCUGGUGCCCCCCCAGCCCUAAUCUCAAUGCCUCACUAAUCUCUUCUACCAACACAUUCCGUCUUAAAAUGCUCUCUUCUAGUGCCUUCUUUUGGGGUUUUCCAGUCAUCCCUCCCAGAUAUUGUAUUGAAAAUAUGAUGCAAACUGUUUAAGCUUCUACUAAUCAAUAAAUGCUUUAUUUAAA